AUGGGCCGCUGCCCACCCGAGUGCCAUGAAGGCAGGAUGACCUCAGCCGAAGCCGUGGAAGGGCCCGGAAGGGCCCGGGAGGCUGGCCCCCCCACGUGCUCCCCCGGCACCCCCCAGGUCCUCAGGAGGCCGGGCCGGGCCCGGGUGGCUGUGGCAGCCGUGGUGUGGGUGUUGGCAGGAGCCAGCAUGUCCAGCCUGAACAAGUGGGUCUUCACCGUGCAUGGGUUCGGGCGGCCCCUGCUCCUGUCUGCCCUGCACAUGCUAGCGGCGGCGCUGGCCUGCCACUGGAGGGCACGGCGCCCCAUGCCCGGGGGCGCCCACCGCCGAGUCCUGCUGCUCAGUCUCACCUUCGGCACCUCCAUGGCCUGUGGCAAUGUGGGCCUGAGCACCGUCCCCUUGGACUUGGCACAGCUGGCCACCACCAUGACGCCCCUCUUCACGCUGGCCCUGUCGGCGCUGCUGCUGGGCCGAAGACACCACCCCCUUCAGUUCGCAGCCAUGGGGCCGCUCUGCCUGGGGGCAGCCUGCAGCCUGGCCGGGGAGCUCCGGGCACCUCCCGCCGGCUGUGGCUUUUUGCUGGCAGCCACUUGCCUGCGAGGCCUCAAAUCCGUCCAGCAGAGUGCCCUGCUACAGGAAGAGAGGAUGGACGCGGUGACCCUGCUGUACGCCACCUCGCUGCCCAGUUUUUGCCUGCUGGCGGGCGCUGCCCUGGUGCUGGAGACUGGCAUGGCCCCGCUGCCGGCGCCCACUGACUCCCAGCUCUGGGCCUGCAUCUUGCUCAGCUGCUUCCUGUCCGUGGUUUACAACCUGGCCAGCUUCUCCCUGCUGGCCCUCACCUCGGCCCUCACCGUCCACGUCCUGGGCAACCUCACCGUCGUGGGCAACCUCAUCCUGUCCCGGGUUCUAUUUGGCAGCCAACUUAGCGCCCUCAGCUAUGUGGGCAUUGUACUGACCCUUUCUGGAAUGUUCCUUUAUCACAACUGUGAGUUUGUGGCCUCUUGGGCUGCCCGCCGGAGGCUGUGGCACACAGACCAGCCUGGCAAGGGUCUUUGA